GGAACCCGGGUGUUUCCCAGAUCUUCACUUCCUGUUGUGUUUUUCUGCCUUUCAAACCAGGAAGAUGGAUUUGUUGUCGAACAAAUGGAUUGUAUAUUUGGCAUUAUGUCUGUUUGUCGGUGGUGUCAGUUGUAAUUCAGUGGAAAACAAAAUUUACGUCAAGCUCAACUACACUGUGCCGUGUGUUCGACUUCUUAAUUCAACCCAUCAAAUAGGCUGUCAGUCAUCUUUGUCGGGCGAUGUUGGAGUGCUCCAUGUGCUUGAGUCAGAAGAAAACCUGGACUUUGUGCUUCGUAGUGGCCGCAAUCCUCCUUACAUGGUCAUCAUGGAGUCUUCACUCUUUACCAGGUACGGUUCGCCGGUGACCCGUCGCCAGAGGGCAGAGGUUUAUGAAAAUGAUUCAUUAUUAAAACUGAAAACUUGGUUUUCCAGCUCAAGGUUGGAGCUUUAAAACAUUUAUAAAAGA